AUAUACCCGCGAGAACAGUACCAAACGGACACGUUUACUCAUGCUCCUCGUAUAAAUUCAAUAACAGUGCAAAAAAUAAAGUUUGUGAAGUGAAAUUUAGACGUAAAUAUCGGUCAGAACCUACUGGACCAAACAAUUGUAUUAGUGUUAUCUUUUAUCGUUGAAUAAUUGGUGUAUUUUGGCAAUAUUUAUUGCAAACAUUGUGUUUACGUAGUGUGCGGUGUUAGAGCUAUUCUUGACAAACAAAGGAAAGGUCAAAGUACGAUAGUUAUAACUAAGAAUACUCGAAACACUUCCAAAAAUUCAUGCUUCCUGCUAGCGGCUUAGUAGCGCAGUGGUAUAAGCGACCACUUUCUGUUUAAACGUGAAGCGCAUUCAAGAAUCGGAAGAUCGAAUCCAGACAAACACCCAACACUUUUUGUGAAUAAUUUCUGACAAGUUUAUUAUUUCAAAUAUGAACUCACCUUGCAGCGGUUGUAAAAAAGCAAUCAAACCUUCAGAAAGAAUUACUUGCACUCAAUCUUCGUGCGGCAAAAGAUAUCAUUACCUGUGUGUUAAUUUGAAUGUUGAUAACUUCAAAAAGCAAAAAAAUUGGAAAUGUCCUGACUGCUCCAUUAAAUACUUGUCAAUAAUACGUAAGGAAGGAAAUAGUGAUGAUACUCCUAUUAAAUUGGCGACCAGCAGCGAAUUUUUAGACGACUCUCAAAAUAUUACUAUAAGGCGUCAAAAAGAGAGCGAACCCACUACUGAACACCAAGACUGUGUAUCUCGUGCUGAACUAGCAGAAAUUAUUCGUAGGGAAUUGCGUUCAGUGAUUCGAGAUACAUUAAAUGAGGAGUUCGCUAAUAUCAAAAAAGAAAUUCAUGCAUUUGAAGAAACGAUUAAAUUUAUUAAUUCACAAUAUGACGCUAUAAGUACCAAAGUUAAAGUCCUAUCUGAUGAUACCAAGAUCUUUUCUACAACUAAUGUAAUGUUAACUGGCAAGGUCAGGGAUUUAGAGGAAAGGAUAUCACAAAUGGAACAGUCUGCCCGUCAGUCAAAUGUCGAAAUCCACUGCUUACCUGAGCACAGACAAGAAAACCUGGUUAACACAAUUGUUAAUAUCGGAAAAGUUAUUUCAUUUCCCAUUUUGGAAACUGAUAUUUUAUCCUGCAACCGAGUGCAAAAGCUUAAUGCCUCAUCCAAGCUGCCAAGGACUGUUGUAUGUAAAUUAACAAGUAAAAUAAAGCGAGACAACUUCUUAGGCGCUGUACUUACAUACAAUAAAAUGAACCCAAAAAAUAAAUUAAACACGAAAAUCCUGGGUUAUGGAGACAUUGAAUCACCAGUAUUCAUUAACGAACAUCUGACUCCAUCCAACAAGGCGUUACACGCAGCUACCAGAUUGAGAGCAAAAGAGAAAGAAUACAAAUUUGUUUGGGUGCGUAAUGGGAAAAUUUUUGUGCGCAAAAAUGAGACAUCACCAGCACGGGUAAUAACAAGAUUGGAAGCACUGGAAAAUCUCAGUUAAUUUUUAUUUAUUUUUCUAAAUUUAUUAUCUAAUGCUGUAUUAAAUUUAAAUUUAAAUCAUUCACACACUCUGAUUUAAACAUUUACUAUCAGAAUGUUAGAGGUGUUAGGACUAAGCUGCAAAGUAUAUAUAAAAAUGUACUGUCAAGAAAUUUUCAUAUAAUAAUUUUCACUGAAACAUGGCUCAACGAUUCUGUGGCUAGCACGGAACUAUUUGACAGUAGGUAUCAGGUAUUCAGGAGAGAUCGACAGGCCAAUACCUUCUAUACUGGAAAGGAAGGUGGUGGCGUUUUAAUAGCAGUAAAGAGAAAUAUAAAGGCUAGAAGGAAUACAUUCUUAGAAAGUUCUUGUGAAGAUUUAUGGGUUACUUUAGACAUAACGCCAAAUUACUCUCUUCAUAUCUGUGCUGUUUAUUUACCCCCACCAGUCUCAAGUGAUGAUCUAAACCACUUCAUCAGCACUAAAAGUAUAUUUGUACAAAAACUUGAUCAUAUCCUUCUAGUGGGUGAUUUUAAUUUGGGUCAUAUUGAUUGGACCUCAGAUCAUAGCAAUCCAAUAAUUAAAUCUAACACAAAAAUAAAUCAGAUAUUUAUAGAUUUUACUUCAUGUAACGGUUUUAAACAGUAUAAUCGGGUACAAAAUAAUGACUCUAAAAUACUUGAUUUGGUUUUAUCUAACGUUCAAUAUCCUAUCUCGGUCAGUAAAGCUGUAGAUACUUUAUCGAAGAUUGAUAACUUUCACCCGCCGUUAGAAAUUGACAUAUAUUAUAAAAAAAUAGAUAAACUUCGAUACAAUAAUUUCAAUGUGUAUAAGUUUUAUAAAGCAGAUUAUGAAGGUAUAAAUAGGUCUCUAUAUGAAGUAAAAUGGGAUAGUGAGUUAAAUAGCUGCCACUCAAUUAAUGAAUGCUUAGAAAAAUUCUAUACCAUAAUUCGAAAAAAUAUCGAGAAAUAUGUACCCCUAAAACCAUCUGUUAAAAAUAAAUAUCCUGUAUGGUACUCACAGAGACUUAUAAAACUUUUAAAGGAAAAGGAAAUUAGCCGCAAAAAAAUGAAAAAAUAUCAAAACAAUCGUGACGUAUAUGAAUAUGAGUUGUUAAAAAAAAGAGCAAACACGCUAAUUAAUAAAAGUUACAGCAAAUACAUAAAUAAUGUGCAAAGAAAUAUUUUAAAUAAUCCGAAACAUUUUUGGUCUUACAUAAAGAAUAAACGUAAUAAUAAUGACUCAAUCCCUAAGGAAAUGGAACUGGGGAACAAAGGUGCUAAUGACGGUAGUGGUAUUGCUAACUUAUUUGCUGAGCACUUUGAAUCUGUUUAUAACAAACCCUCCAAAGUCCAAGAUAAGGCUUACUCGAGAGUUAACGACAGUGUGACAAAUUCUCUUAAUCUGAAUUAUAUACAAAUACCUAAAAAGGAUAUUGAAGUUAAACUUGCUGGGCUUAAUACCAAUAAAGGAGCCGGUUUUGAUGGAUUACCUCCAAUAGUCAUAAAAAAAUGUGCUAAAAUAUUAUCGACACCACUACAUUUAAUUUAUAACCGAUCUAUCUCGGAAGGCAUUUUUCCAAACGUAUGGAAAGAGGCUAUCGUUUUACCAAUCCAUAAAUCCGGAAGUAUCAAUGUUAUCUGUAAUUAUCGACCUAUCAGCAUACUUUCCACUUUGUCAAAAAUAUUUGAAUCCCUUGUUAGUAACCAUUUAAAGUGGCACGUAAAACAACUUCUGAGUGACUAUCAACAUGGUUUCUUUGCGAAGCGAUCCACAACAACCAAUUUAAUGUUCUUUGUUGAAAAGGUUUUAACCGAACUAAGUAAUGGCAAUGAGGUUGAUGCCGUUUACACCGACUUUAGCAAGGCCUUUGACAAAGUGGACCAUAAAAUAUUACUGGCUAAACUUAAAAACUUUUUUUUUAUUGAUGGAUGUCUUUUGAGAUGGUUUGAGUCCUAUUUAGAAAAUAGAGUAAUGAGGGUUGUUGUAAACGGUUUUGUAUCUCACAUAUUUCAAGCUACUUCUGGAGUUCCUCAGGGUUCAGUCCUGGGUCCAAUUUUAUUUUGUUUGUUUAUAGAUGACAUAAAACAUGUAUUAAAUAACAGUCAGUUUGUUUUAUACGCCGAUGAUCUGAAAUUUUUUAGAACCGUUAAUUGCACAGAGGACCAGUUACUAUUACAGAGGGAUAUUAACGAUCUUUGUAAAUGGUGUGAAUGUAAUAAGAUGGAACUCAAUGUAAAAAAAUGUCACCACAUAAAAUUUUCAAGGAAAUAUAAAAAAUUCGAGACUAAUUAUUAUAUUGCAGAUACUCGUCUUAAUCAAGUAAAAUAUGUUAAAGAUUUAGGCCUAAACAUUGAUUCCGAAAUGAGAUUCACACGUCAUAUUGAUAUCACAAUAAAUAAGUGUAAUAGAUUAAUAGCAUUCAUCUCACGUAACACUACAGAAUUUAAGUCCAUACCAGCUUUAAAGGCCCUCUAUUUCGCGUUGAUCUGUAGCAAUAUAGACUACUGUUCCUUUGUUUGGUAUCCUAGUUAUCAAAACAAUAUACAACGUAUAGAAAAGGUAC